AUGACGAAAACCAGCGUCGCGCCCCUUCAGCCCACCGAGGCUGCUCAACCUCAGCCUCUGCCUCGUGCCAGGUCGCUCCGUCGCCACCGCAGUGAGAGGAACCUCAACCCGGUUCAGCUCCAGGCCUUCGAAUGGAACCUGCCUGCGGAUCACAAGCACUGGAGACGGCUUCGCCAGGCACUACCCGCGCUCAAGUCCGUCGGCGUCAACAGCCUGUGGCUGCCCCCCGGCAGCAAGGCCAAGUGCCCCGAGAGCAACGGCUAUGACAUCUACGACGCCUGGGACCUGGGAGAGUUCAACCAGAAGGGGUCCGUCCCCACCAAAUGGGGCACCAAGGCAGAAUUGGUGUCUCUGGCGGCGGACGCGGAGAGGAACAGCAUCGGCCUUGUCUGGGACGCGAUCCACAACCACCGCGCCUAUGCGGACAGCACCGAGAUGGUCAAGGUCGUAGAGGUGGAUCCUUCAGCCAGCGCAACGCACUCUGUCCAUCAUCGUGACAACAACGACAGCGACAGCAACAACAACAACAACAACAACAACAACAACCACAAAAGAGAUCAAGACGGCUUACACCGCAUCCCAGACAGACGGAUAGACAUCACAGACCCCUACGAGAUAGAGGCGUGGACCAAGUUCGACUACGAAGCUAGAGGGGGCAAGUACAGCAAGUUCAAGUACAACAAGUCGCACUUCAACGGCACGGACUGGAACCAGAUCAACAGCAAGAGGGCCAUCUACAGGUACGUCGAGGACGGCAAGAACUGGCACCGCGAUGUCGGCACGAGCCAGGGCAACGCCGACUACCUCAUGCUCGAGAACCUCGACUACACCAACCCGGACGUCGUGCGGGAGCAGCACCAGUGGGGCCGCUGGAUCGUCGACGAGCUCGGCCUACGCGGGUUCCGCGUCGACGCCGUCCAGCACAUCUCGUGGAACUUCAUCAACGAGUGGUCCAAGCUGCUCCGCAAGAGGAACCGCCACGACCUCAUGUUCAUCGGCGAGUUCUGGCACGGCGACGUCCGCGUCCUGACCCAGUGGCUGGACCACAUGCACUCCUUCUUCAGCCUCUACGACGUCCCGCUCAUGUACCACAUCGCGAGGCUCUCGUGGCACGACGACACGGACCUGAGGGAGGUUUUCAAGAACACCCUCGUGGAGCAACGGCCCGACAACGCCGUGACUUUUAUCCGGAACCACGACACUCAGAAAGGCCAGGCCAUGGACACGUCCAUCUGCAAGGAGUUCAUGCCCCUCGCCUACAGCCUCCUCCUCCUCCGGCGGGAAGGCCACCCGUGCGUCUUCUUCGGCGACCUCUACGGCAUCGGCCUCCCCCACCCCGAGGCCCCCAUCGAGGGCCUGCCCGACCUCCUGCUGGCGAGGAAGCUCUACGCGCACGGCAAGCAGGAGGACUACUUUGAGCGGCGCGACUGCAUCGGCUGGGUCAGGCGCGGCAACGACGAGAGGCCCGACGGCCUCGCCUUCGUCAUGAGCUGGUCCAAGGCCGAGGACCCGGACACCCGCCUCUGCAUGGAGGUCGGCCACAGCCACGCCGGCGAGGUCUGGACCGACGUCCUCGGCCUGCAGCCCGAGCCCGUCACCAUCGACGAGAACGGCCUCGGCCUCUUCCGCUGCGGGCGGAACAGCAUGGCGUGCUUCGUCAGGAGCGACGCCAAGGGGAGGAAGAAGUUCCCCGUGAAGUUUAACGCCGACUUCCAGAGCCUAGUGGAAUAG